AUGGAGUGGCUGGUGGCUAGGGUGGUCCUCCCUGUCCUCCUCCUCCUCUUCCCCAGGCAGACCGCCGGAGCCUGUGGAGCCAGCAGGUGCUGUUUUCAGGACCCACCAUACUCGCACACAGACUCAGGCUCGGCCUUGGGCCCCCGGGACCUGAGCUGCUACCGGAUAUUCAGUGCCGGCAGCUAUGAGUGUUCCUGGCGGUACGAGGGCCCUGCAACUGGGGUCAGCCACUUCCUGAGGUGUUGUGUCCGCCCUGGGCGCUGCUGCUACUUCUCUGUGGGCUCAGCCACCAGACUGCAGUUCUCCGAUCAGGACGGUGUGCCUGUGCUCCAUGCUGUCACGCUCUGGGUGGAGUCCCGGGUGGCAAACAGGACCGAGAAGUCGUCGGAGAUUUCGCUGCAGCUCUACAGCUUGGCUAAAUACGACCCUCCUCCUAGAGACAUCAAGGUGUCCAAGGCAGCAGGGCAGCUGCUCAUGGAGUGGAAGACCCCAGAUGGCCAGGAUAAUGCUGAUGUGCAGUUCCGACACCGGACGCCUGGCAGCCCCUGGAAGUUGGGCCACUGUGGACUUCAGGAUGAUACUGGCUUAGAGUCCUGCCUCUGCCCCCUGGAGAAGGAUGCUGCCCAGGAAUUUCAGCUGCGGCGGCAGCAGUCGCUCAAGUCUCAGGCCCCAGGAGGUCCCUGGAGCAACUGGAGCAGCCCUGUGUGUGUCCCUGCAGAAACCCCCCCACCGAAGCUCGAGAUGAAUUGCUCAGUGGAGCUGCUCCGCCCAGAUGGAAGGAGGCUGCUGACCCUGCAGGGGCAGCAGCCGCCUCAGCUGGAGCUUCCGGAAGGCUGCCACAGAACCACACCUGGUGCGGAGGCGACAUACAGCAUCCACCUGCACAUGCUGUCUUGCCCGUGCCAGGCCAAGGCCACCAAGACUCUGUCCUUGAGGAAAACGCUCAGACUCUCAGGAGCUGCCUACAAUGUGACUGUCAUUUCUCGGAAUCGCUUUGGUCCUGGCCUCAACCAGACAUGUCUCAUUGCUCCUGACAACCGCACAGAACCCAGGACUCUGAAUAUCAGUGUCGGAGCCAAGGGGACCACAAUGCGCUGGGCAGGCCAGGCCCAGGCCACGACAUACUGCAUUGAGUGGCAGUCCCAUGACCAGGACAGAAGCCGUGCCACCUGCACCCUAACGGUGCGCCAGGCCCUGGACGCGGCUGGAAUGGUGACCCACAGCUGGAGCCCAGCAUCAGGGGUAAUGGAGCAGGAGGGGUGUUAUCGCAUCACCAUUUUCGCCUCCACACACCCGAAGAAGCCCACCUCUUGGUCCACGGUCCUGUCCACCUACCACUUCUGGGGCAAUGCCUCGCGGGCCGGGACCCCACAGCUGGUCUCAGUGAAGAAUCAUAGCGCAAACUCGGUGUCAGUGCACUGGGCAGAGUCACCGCUGAGUUCCUGCCCCGGCGUCCUGAAGGGGCACGUUGUGCGCUUCUGGGAUGAGGACAGCAGCCAAGUGUCAGAGCGCGCAGUGAAUGCCACAGAGACGCAGGUCACCCUUCGCGGCCUGCGGCCUGGUACGACCUACACUGUGCAGGUCCGAGCAGACACGGCGGCAGGGCGAGGCGCCUGGAGCAAGCCACAGCAGUUUAGCACUGAAGUUCAGGUUUCACGUUUGGUCAUCUUCCUGGUGUCGCUGGGCAGCUUCGUGAGCAUCCUCAUCCUGGGCAUCCUCGGGUACUUCAGCCUGAACAGGGCUGCACGGCACCUGUGCCCGCCCCUGCCCACGCCCUUUGCCAGCACCGCUGUCGAGUUCCCUGGCAGCCAGGGGAAACAGGUUUGGCAGUGGACCAAGCAGGAGGGCUUCCCGGAAGAGUUGCCUCCGCAGGAGGCCCUGGUGGUGGAGACGUUCUGGGACAAAGGCGAGGGGACUGGACUGGACACGGCAGGGCCUCUCAAGGAGUCGCAGCUAGCCCCCGAGGCCCAGGCUGAGGCUCUGGGGCCCGGCGGACAGGACGGUCUGGCGGAGGGACGCCCACUGCUCUUGGGAGACCUAAUGCAGAGUCCCAGGCUCGGGGACCCUCAGUACAUCAAGGCCUGAGGGACAGGAAUACUAAUACCCUCGUCUUACAGACAGCGAGAUGCACUGACAGACGACGAUCACAGUCAUGAAGCCUGGUUGUUAAGCGCCUACUGCAUAUCCGGCCCCGAUCCAGCCAGACACUCUCAGGGUCCCUGACCCCACAGCCACCCAGUGAGGGGUACUGUGGUUAUCCUAUUUUACAGAUGGGACCACUGAAGCUCAGAGAGGAAGGCCACAUAGCCAGGGCAGGAGUCAAACGUGGGCCGACUGACCAGAGCCCCCCACACAGGCUCAGGCGCCCCCACCCCUCUGGCCUUCUCCGUGCAGCCCCUGCUGCGACACAUCCUGGGGCUGGAAACCCAAGCCACCACCCUAAAACGGAAGCUGUCGCAAGGGGCCCGGCCUGACAUCCGGGGGCGGGGACGGGCGCCGUCAUUGGUCCGCGUGGGGGCCGCCUGCUCAGUGUGGCAGGCAAAGCCGGGCUCGGGAGCACUGGAACGGGAGUCUAGGCUCAGGGCUCCCACCGCAUUGCGGGGUCUUGAGCCUAGAAGGAUCCAGG